AGCUAAGAUGGCGGCGUCGGUGGCGGCUGCGGCCGUGCGGCUGCGGCGGGCGCUUCAAAGGUCACUGUCAACCGCGCCCCCCGCAGUCCCGGCGGCAGCCGUGCGGGACGCCUUCCUGACCUUCUUUCGGGACCGCCAUGGCCACCAGUUGGUGCCUUCCGCUUCCGUGCGGCCCCGAGGCGACCCCAGCUUGCUUUUCGUUAACGCCGGCAUGAACCAGUUCAAGCCAAUCUUCCUGGGCACCGUGGAUCCACGAAGCGAGAUGGCAGGCUUCCGACGCGUGGCCAACAGCCAGAAAUGCGUGCGGGCCGGAGGCCGCCACAGCGACCUGGAGGAUGUGGGCCGGGACCUGUCCCAUCACACCUUCUUCGAGAUGCUUGGCAAUUGGGCCUUUGGGGGUGAAUAUUUUAAGGAGGAGGCGUGCAGCAUGGCGUGGGAACUGCUGACUCAGGUCUAUGGGAUCCCCGAGAACAGGCUCUGGGUCUCCUACUUUGCUGGCGACCCCAAGGCAGGGCUGGACCCAGACCUGGAAAGCAGGGACAUCUGGCUCAGCCUAGGGGUGCCCGCCAGCCGUGUGCUUUCCUUCGGGCCACAGGAGAACUUCUGGGAGAUGGGGGAUACUGGCCCUUGUGGGCCCUGCACCGAGAUCCACUAUGACCUGGCUGGCGGGGCGGGGGCCCCCCAGCUGGUGGAGCUCUGGAAUCUGGUCUUCAUGCAGCAUAACAGAGAAGCAGAUGGGAGCCUGCUGCCCCUGCCCCAGCGGCACGUGGACACGGGAAUGGGCCUGGAGAGGCUGGUGGCCGUGCUGCAAGGCCGGCGCUCCACCUACGACACCGACCUCUUUACUCCGCUGCUCGACGCCAUCCACCAGGGCUGUGGGGUGCCCCCUUACCUGGGCCGGGUAGGGGUGGCAGACGAGGGCCGCGUAGACACAGCCUACCGCGUGGUGGCCGACCAUAUGCGCACACUCAGCGUGUGCAUCGCCGACGGUGUCUUCCCCGGGAUGUCAGGUGCCCCGCUGAUUCUUCGCCGGAUCCUCCGUCGAGCUGUGCGGUUUUCCAUGGAGAUCUUACGAGCACCCCCUGGCUUCCUAAGCAGCCUGGUGCCCGUCGUGGUGGAGACGCUGGGGGACGCUUACCCGGAACUCCGAAAGAACUCGGCGCAGAUAGCCGAGCUGGUGGCGGAGGGCGAGGUGGCCUUCCUGGGCUCCCUGCAGCGGGGGCGCCGGAUCAUCGAGCGGACCCUGAGGCGCCUGGGGCCUUCCGAUGUCUUCCCUGCUGAAGUGGCCUGGUCCUUGUCACUGGCUGGGAACCUGGGGCUCCCCCUGGACCUGUUGGAGCUGAUGCUGGAGGAGAAGGGGGUGCGGCUGGACUCCGCUGGGCUGCAGCGGCUGGUCCAGGAGGAGGCCCAGCAUCGGGCGCAGCAGGCUGAGCCGGCAGCAGAGCAGGGACUGCAACUCGACGUCCACGCCCUGGGGGAGCUGCAGCGCCGAGGGGUGCCCCCAACUGAUGACAGCCCCAAGUACGACUAUUCCUUGAGACCCAACGGUGACUACGAGUUUGGCACCUGUGAGGCCCGGGUGCUUCAGCUGUAUACAGAGGACGGGAUGGCCGUGGACUGCGUCAGGGAGGGCCAGCGCUGCGGCCUCCUCUUGGACAGGACCAACUUCUACGCCGAACAGGGCGGGCAGGCUUCAGACCGGGGCUACCUGGUACAGGUGGGGCAACAGGACGUGCUGUUCCCAGUGGCCCGGGCCCAGGUCUGUGGGGGCUUCAUCCUGCACGAGGUGACAGCUCCCGAGUGCCUGCAGGUGGGGGACCAGGUGCAGCUACAUGUGGACGAGGCCUGGAGGCUGGGCUGCAUGCAGAAGCACACGGCCACCCACCUGCUGAGCUGGGCGCUGCGGCAGACCCUGGGCCCCGGCACAGAGCAGCGCGGCUCCCACAUCCGCCCCGAGCGGCUGCGCUUCGAUGUGGCCACCCAGGCCCCACUGACUGCAGAGCAGCUCCGGACAGUGGAGGCCACUGUGCUGGAGGCCGUGGAGCGGGAUGAAGCCGUGUACGUGGAGGAGGUGGCCCUGGCGCUCACCACCCGUGUCCCUGGCCUGCGCUCUCUGGAUGAGGUGUACCCAGACCCUGUGCGGGUGGUGUCAGUGGGGGUGCCUGUGGCGCACGCGCUGGAGCCGGCCUCCCAAGCUGCACUGCGGACCUCGGUGGAGCUGUGCUGUGGAACACACCUGCUGCGCACAGGGGCUGUGGGGGACCUGGUUAUCACUGGGGAACGCCAGCUCACCAAGGGCACCACCCGCCUGCUGGCCGUCACUGGGGAGCAGGCCCAGCAGGCCCGAGAAGUGGGUCAGAACCUGGUGCAGGAGGUGGAAGCAGCUGCAGAACGGCUGAGUCGGGGCAGCAGGGAUGUGGCCGAGGCCCGGCGGCUGUCCAAGGACGUGGGACGACUCACUGAUGCUGUGGACACUGCCGUGAUGCCCCAGUGGCAGCGGCGGCAGCUCCAGGCCACCCUGAAGGGGCUGCAACGGCGCGCCAACACCGCCAUCCGCAAGCUGGAGAAGGGCCAGGCUGCAAGGAGAACCCAGGAGCUGCUGGAGCGGCACCCAGGCGCGCCUCUGAUCGUGGACACAGUGUCCGCUGAGUCCCUCUCGGUGCUGGUGAAGGUCGUACGGCAGCUGUGUGAGCAGGCACCCAGCACAUCUGUGCUCCUGCUCAGCCCCCAGCCCGUGGGGAGCGUGCUCUGUGCCUGUCAGGUGGCCCAGGGUACCACGCCUACCUUCACAGCAGAGGCCUGGGCGCUGGCUGUGUGCGGCCACAUGGGGGGCAAGGCCUGGGGCUCUCGAGUUCUGGCCCAGGGCAUAGGAAGCACGGCUGACCUGGAAGCUGCCCUCCACACAGCCCGAGCCUACGCCCUGACCCAGCUCUGACCUGGGCCCCCCCAGGGAUAUCCGGCAGUGGACUACAGGCAAGUGCCAGGCACCCUCAGGGAGCCAGCAGGACCUCCACAAAGGCCUAGAGGCUGCAGGGCAAGCAGCUGAGCCAAGAGUAGCCCGGACCGGGACCCUGACUGCCCCAGAGGCAGAAGCCAUCAGAAAUACACAGAACACAUCGGGGAGCGUGAAGAUGUGGGCUGCACUGGCCGAGUGCUCACUGGGCACUGCCACCUCCUCGGGGCUGGUGCCGCGGCACAGCGGGUUAAACCUUCGCUUGUGACACUAAAGCAUCCCCUAUCAGAGUGCUGCUUUGAGUCCCAGCUGCUCCACUUCUGACCCAGCUCCCUGCUAAUGCUCCUGGGAAAACAGCAGAAGGUGGACCAAGUACUCAGACCCCUGUAGCCACAAGGGAGACCUGGAAGGAGUUCCUGGCUUCUGGUUUUGACCUGGCUGUCACAGCCAUUUGGGAAAUGAACCAGAAGAUGAAAGACUGCGCGCUCUCUCUCUCUCUCUCUCUCUCUCUAAAAUUCUGCCUUUCAAAUACAAAAUUAAAUAAAUAUUUUUUUUAAAAAGUA